AUGGCCUGUUUGCCAGGCGGCACCCGCAAAUCACAAAAAUCAGUCGGGAAAACGGCCUUUUCGACAACUGCGGCAUGGAGUCUUCCGAUCAUCGCAAGAUGCGCGGAAGACGACAGCGACGGCACGCUUGCAGCGAUCGACCCGGAAACGCUGUCGCACGAGUUCCUGAUCAAACAGGCUAGCAUUGUUGCUGUCGAAGCAGCUAGCAGGGUACUCAUUCAGCUCACAGCAGCCAUCCUAGAUGCCCAUGAAGCAUACUGGGAAAGCCUGAACAAGCUGAGCAGUCUGCUGAAGCGGUUCGAGACAGAGGUGGGCCUCUGCUCGGGAGACGAUGCCAUGUGGCUCGAAAUGAUCGCCAUCCGAGAGGAGACCAACCGGCUGAAGGCAGACGUUCUGUCCCUCGAGUCGCGCAUGCAAAGCGUCUCUGGCCUCAUGGAUGCCAUGGCGCAGACUGCCUUCGCCAACGGCGCCGAAUACGCCGGCAUCUGCGCCAACGAACGUCUGCUCUCCGCAGAGCGCCAGAUAAGGUCGGCCGCCCGGAAGACUGCGAUCCUCGAAGACGUCCUCAACAGGGCCCACAGGGAUGCCGUCAUUUCCGGUGCCGACAACGCGGACACGCCGAAGAAAGAAGGCCUCAAAGAGACGUAGCAGCGGUAGACCUAGGUGCACAAAAGGAUGAUGUACAGAAGAUGUCAGGACUACUAGGUUAGAAAAAAACAAACAAAACAAAAACAGAUGUACAUUUAUGCUGAUCUAUGGCCUGACCAGAUAAAAGUAUUUUGUUGUGUUGCCAA